AUGAGUUCUGAUAGGAGACCCAAUACCUCACGACCCAUGAUUAGAGGUCAACUCCUGGGAAAUCCAAACUCCUUAUAAAGUGAGCUUGACUUAGAAUAGAAAAUAAUAAUUAAUAGAUUGAUCAGAGAACUGCAGAAUGAUAACUCUGUAGACAUUGCAGCUGUGCUUAAAAAACCACACAUCCACAGAAUUUUUAAGGAAGAAUUUACACUCACAGAUAAGGAGAUAAGAGAUCUUGAGACUGUAAUAUCAAAAAAUUGUGAUGAAAUUGUUAACAACUUUGUAAAAACUGACUCAUUGAUACCAUUAAAAGGAAGUAAUUCACAGGCCAUUUAUUAAUAGUAUAAAUAACAACCGCUUAGUCUUUUGCAAAAAAAAGAAUUGGAUCAUUAUCUAGAGUUGGAUUACUCUAUUUAUCCAGCUUAACCUUGUGUUAGAUCAUUGUAUCUUGUUUCUAAGAUUGCUCAAAGUUAGCAAAUUAAAAUCCUUGUGCCACCUUCUAUUCUUAUUGGAUUUGGCGAUGAUAAUAGAAUGAUCUAUAAUGAUCCCUAAAAUGGCAAUUUGAUUGUUAAAAGUGGCUAUAUUUCUCCUAAAAUAAUUUAGCAGUUCAUAUAAAAACACAUGUCAUAUGAAUAAUCAGAAUAAAGGAUAGAAGAUAGAAUCCUUUUUCCUAAAUACGUAAUAAAGUUGGCCUCCAAAAAUCACAUUAAGAAUGAUAUUAGAAUAUACUAUAGCAAAGAUUCUUUAUUAGCUGAUUUAAUGAGUUAUUGGGGAGCUUAUGAUAUGGCAAUCUAGUAAUUUGUAAAAUAAAAGCAUCUUAGGCCUUCAAUAUAUAGAUACUAUAUGAAGAAUGGAAAUAUCUAUAAAGCAGUGUGCAUUUCAAAUCAAGAAAAUUUGACUAAGGAAACCAGGCUAUAUAAGACAAUAAUGGGUUUGGUUUAUGAUCAAUACUAAAAAACAAAGAAAAUAGUUAAUCCAAGGCCUAAAAGUAGUGUGGUAAGGAGAAGAGAUGCAUUUAUUGGGUUGAAACAAACUAAUAAUUAGAUCGAUUAAGUCUAGCGAGCUAUUAAAAGAAAAAUUUCUAUUGAUCGUAUUAUUAGUCAAGCUACUCAUGAAGACGCGUUAGAUGAGAAAGGAUUUCCAGUCUCAUUAUAAAAUUUCAGACUAACUGAAUUUCAUAACGAGAUUUAACAAGCAGUUAGUGUCAAUGACUUAAAAAAAUAUUUUUGCGUAACUGCAGAUAAUCUUGACAAUUUGACAAUGAUGAGCUGCAGACCAGGAGCUUAAUCAUAGGCAGAUAAAAUGACUAGUGAUUUGUUUAGAUUGUACUCAUAGUACUAUCUUAAAACUCAGAAAUUCGGAAACGUAAGUUAAUUUGUCUGUGAUUUCAUUGAAGCUGAGAAUGGUCUUACCUAUCUCUUGUAAGUAAAGAGCUUUGAAUGUGAAGGCCUUCUUCAUGAUUGGUAAGUUCCAUGGAGUCCCCAAAAGUCUAAAUUAUUAAACAGUUAGAGUCCAAAUAAUAAUGGUGUCACGAAAAUAGAAUGUGAUGUACCAUUGUAGGAAUCAUAAUGCUAGGCAAAAAUUUUAUGUGCUUCAAAAAAAAUUAAUCCUCAACUAAGAGACUUAUUUUGUGAAGUUUGUAAGGAAGUUGAUUUAUGGUAGUUUACUAAUAGAAAAGGUUUGGUACCAAGAGUUUAAUAAAGAAUAAUAGACAAAUAUCAUAAGGAGUUAAACCAAGGAAAAGAAGGAUUUCUACUGCAGUCAGAAAAGGCUAAAAUCAGUCCUUUAUUCCCAUUAACUACUUUUCCUGAGGAAUUUAAAUAAAACAAUACUAUAGCUUAAUCACCAACAAGAAUUAAAAAUUCUAUAAUCAUGAAAAAACAGAUAUCUACAUAAUCAAGAGAAUCUGAAAACUAGUAAUUAGAGGAUUUGAAUCAUGAUCAAGAAAGUUAAAAAAUCGAGUCACCCUGCUGUUUUGCAUGUGCAAAGGUUUUGGAACUAUUCCAAGCGAGAUACUUCAGCUUAGUUUUUAAGACAGAUAAUACAGUUGAGAAUCUGAGAAAACUAAAGUCGAAGCUAGGAGAUGAAUGGAAUCUAAAAGAUUUAAAGUUUCUUGUUGGGAUAUAUAAAGAAUCAAAGAAUAGCUUGUUCAUUAUUUCUGACAUAUUUAAGUUGGAGAAGAAAAGAUAAAGAAAAAUGCUUAAGCAAAGAUAAAAGACUCCAGAUUCAGUAGUUGAAAAGUCACUAAAGAGAUACACCCUUCAAUCAUACUCAAAUCAAUUAAACAAUUCUAAUAGAGAAAGCUUAGGAUCCAGGUAGGGAGCUAGAACAACUAAUUCUUUGAGAAGAUCAAUGCAUCGAAAGAAUGAAAUUUAAGAUAUGGAUAAUUAUAGGGAAAGUGAUGGGUUUAGUAGAAAUUUAAUAAUACCAAACACCUCAAGAACAUUAAUAAGAGAGAACAGCUAAAAUGAUAGUCUCUAACCUAAAAGGCUAAUGAGUGCAAGAGGGACCGUUUAACCUCUAAUCAUGUCCAAAGAGGGGUUAAAUGCACAAAAAUCAACUAUUGAUGAGAGUUAAAGCUCCAACAAUAAAGGAGGCUAGGGUUCCUAGAAAUAAUUGAAUAUAAUUACCCAACAUUUAUAAAGCUUUCGAGAGAAAAAGAAGUCUGAAAGUCUUAUUAAUGUGAAGGAGAUUUUGAAAUAAAGAGAGCAAUUAAGCAUAAAAAUAAACCAGUAAUUAGAAACUAUUGAAAGCGCAUAUCAAGAUUUUAAACCAUAAAAAUUAAAAGUAAAGAUCGUUGAAUCACAUAACAAUUCAGAGAUAAGUGAAACUCAUAAGGAUCCAAAUGAUCGAGAAAUAAAAAACAUGUCUCAUCGUUAUAGUUUAAGAUUGACAACAGAUUCAGCAUCAAAGAUCUUAGAGUAAAAAACUCGAAAUAUGCCAUCAGCAUUCCUUGUACAUUAAAAAGCUUAAAACAAAAUCAAUUAAACCUUGAAGAACUAUAUCAAUACUUCUACCAUAGAUUAAGACAAGGAUGGUAAGUUGUUCUUUAAUAUAUAGGAUAACAGAAGUUAACUCAAAACCCAUAGAGGCUUCAAUGUUUAACAAACUUAAAAAAAAUAAAUGAAAAAUGAACGCUCCUAAGAUAAAGUAAUUAAUAGCUACUUUGAGAAUAAAAGGAUAAUGGAUAAGAGUGCGAGCAGACAACCGGAACUAAAACAGAAAAAUUCUUUAAAAGAACUUUAGAGAGAACUAAGUAUGAGCAACUUGGUUGUUAUAUGA